CAUUCGUGGUGCAAAAGUCGAAUCGACGUGACUGACAGAGCGCUGCUUUCCUGCUCGAUGGCCGUCCGUAUUGGUUUGUCGUCGCCGUCGUCGUGUCCGUUGCCGAAAAAUCGUACAAAACUCGAGCAAAAGUGCAUUUUUAGCGGUUUUUGAAGAAAAUUGAUUGCAAUUGCAUAUGGAUAGGUGAAAAACAAGUGAAAAUUCAUUAGUUAUCAAGGUGAAAACCUGAAAACACGACCCGAUUUCACCCCUGUGGGCGAAUUUGGCUAUGAAAAAUAAGAAGAGUGUAGUGCUCCAUCCUGAAUCGUUCGUUUAGUAAGAUUCCGCCUGUCAGCCGGUUCGGACUCGCUGGCUGUGUCGAUUGAUCCCCUAUAGCUUUCCCUGGCCCUGGUUCCAGUGAAACUGGCAACGAGCAAGCCAGCCGCUGAGCGGUGUGGUGAUUGGCACUUCAUUAAUUCUAAGUGAGGGAAAGCGGUUCUCGACGUGCCAACCAUCAUCAUCGUCGCGACGAAACGCAAGCCGGACCAUUUUGUGUGAAAUGAGCGCCAGCCGUGUCGCGGUGCCAAGAGAGAAUAUGUGAUGAGUGAAAAUCUUGUUUUCCCGGUAGUUGGCCGCACCUUUUCGAUCUAAAUCAGUCUGAUGGAAAUGAAGCUCGAGUGCAAUAAUCCUGGCGGAAAAUCUGUGCGGAGCUGAGAAAUAAUAACAGGAAGAGCCGAACAAAGUGGUGGUCGGUUGUCGAUGGAGAAAGUGGUCGAAACGGGAUGAAGGGGAUUAUGGUGAAGAAGAUCAACGUUUGAUUGAUUGGAAAAGUGCAGUGAGAUUAAGGUGUUAGCGCGAAGUGAUAUUUAUCGUAGCCGGAAGAUGCAUGAUUUAUUCACAACCGUACUCUCGAAACGUGACCUGUCACGUGCAGGGGAGCUGUUUUCUGUGGCGGAUUCCGAGAUAGUCAACGAUCUGAGUGAAGUGCUUAAGGAAGCAUCAUCUAUAAUUAGUCAUGAGGAUUACCUGCAAAAUAGCAAUGACCAGUCGGUGAUUGAAAUCUGUAUCAACAGAGUCACGUCAUGCAUCAAAAAAACCAACACCAUAGAGACGCACUGCUCUGGGCUGGUGGAGCUACUGGAAACCUGCCUCAAAUACAACCUUCAACCGUCUAGCAAGGAGUCGGAUUCGCCCCAUGCAAAAAUAUCGUCCGACAUCAUUUCUAGUAUAUUCCUUAACUACAACAAAAAGCUUGUGAUGGAAGUAACACUGCCAGUAGCCGUCAAAUUUUUAAACAAAGGUAACCUGGAGCUUUCACGUAACCUGGCCAGUUAUCUCUCGUCGGCAGCAAUUGAAUAUUCCUACCUUCUUUCGCCUCACGUUAAACUAAUCUUAGAUUCCCUCCUAAACGGGAACUAUGGCUUAUGCCACGUGCUUUCUCAAAUCUACGAUGCCGCCCCGGAACCGAUCAAUGCCGAAGCGAAACGUUUCGUUGAAAUCAUUCCCAAAUGUGAACUUCAAGAGCAGAUUGUGAUACUGCAAUUAUUGGUAGCCGUUGCCAAGAACAAACCAUCGUCACUGCUAGAUAGCAUUCCACAGCUGUUCGAGCUUGCCCAAAAACCAACAAUUUCUACAGCCGUUAUGUUGGUAAUCCUGAAACUAGCCGAGUAUAAACCAAUCAAAAUGAGUGAGCAUAUAGACUCGGUGAAAGCCAUUGCCCAAGCGGUACCACAAACAGUGGGAUUUGCAGCACAAAUUCUAUCGGCAAUCGGAAAAUCCAGUAAAGAUAGGGCGCAGGUCGCUCUGGACUUUGUUCUGGAGUAUCUCCCGAAAGCGGAUCGAUCUCUCCAGACGAUAUUGUUGAACGAAGCAACCAAGCUUUGCACCAAAUAUCCCGUCCUCUUCACAGACAAAGUAACGUCCGUAGUUCGUCAGCGCCGUCAGAAUAACACCAAUCAAAUCAAACAGACCCCCGGUGGGGUUACCAUAGUCAACCUGAGCUCCUCGGCGUCGCUUCCGGUGGCUACAACGCCGUCCGCUACACCACCAUCGGUAACACUCGAUACUCGAUCUAUCAUUUCCAAAAAUCCAAAUGUGGCCGUCAUCAGCAAUAGUAGUGCUCCAACUGCCAAUACCACUAUCAUCAAUACUUCCAAUGGCACGACAACAAACUCUACCAUACAUCCAGCACUGUUGACUAACUUCAUGAACUCUGCUAACGGAAUACCGGCAGUAGUGAAUGGGGGUCCAAUGGUGCCGCCAACGCCCCCACAUACUGGCUACACGCGCCGAGCAAAAUUGGGAGACUCUAGGAGUACGGGACGGCUGCAUGCUGGAAGCGGCGGGAACAAAAGUAUGACUCGACUGAACAUUGCCGGUGGAUCUGUUGGAGGAUUGCACAAAUCGAUGACGCGACUCAGUUCAUCUCAACUAUUGGGGCAGUACAAUGGAGACGACCCCGGUAAGCAACACCAUGGUCCAGGAACUGGCGCCGUCAGCACCGCAGCCAGCGGCAUCAGCGGUGGUGGUGGCAUUGAUGGAAGUAGCGCUGGCGGUGGUUCGAACUCAAAUAGCAAUAUCUUGAAUAGUCAUUCCAGUGGUAACGUGGCUAUCGCUUUUGCCAACAAAAACAUCAGUACUCAAAACUACGCCUCUCCCGUACCUCCCCCGCUCAGUCAGCACGUGACGAUAACGGGCGAAAACAAGUGGGGUAUUCCGCAGACGAAGAUCACGUCCGGCGGUGUGACGGUAACAACAUCUCCGACCCGACCACAGCGCCCGUACUCACAAGGUCCCAACACUCUGAUGGGGUCGGCGGGGGCUUUAGGGAAGAAUUCGCUGGGAGGAUUGAACCAAUCAACGGGGUCAAUCGGAAUGGUUCAGGUGCAUCACGCUUCUCCGGCAUCGCCAACCAUGUUUAACAAUCAUUCCCAGCAAACAUCACCUCAAUUGACGACUCUGUCGCUCAAUUCCAACGAAGAUGCUAAUCAAGUGAGCGUGUCUGGUCCAGCAACAGUGACUUCUCGACGAAACGACAAUCGCAGCGUAACUCUGCUGAACGCAAGCAGUACAGUCAACCAGAGAAUGAGCGUCUUCGAGCCAUAUCCCAUGAGAGACACAAUUCAGCAUUUCUGCGAGAAGCACCUGGAUAAGAUCAAAUCAUUUACCGAGAGCGUAGCCCAGAGAUUACCACCACCGGCCAAGUGCAUCAUCGAAGAACGGCGGGCCAAAAAGAUGGCAAAGUUACAUUUUGCUUGUCAAGUGCGAGGGCCACAUUGUCUGUAUUCGCGUACUAUGUUCACCAUGCGGACUCGCAACCCACGGACGUGGAUCCACCUGAUGUUUCUGGACUUACAGGCGCGAGCGCCGCAGAACGCGCUAAGCAGUUGGGACCCCAGCGUGAGUCGACUGAAGCACUGCUGGGACACGUUAAAGUGCGAGAACAAGACUUUUAUUACGCUAGUCACCAGUGCGUUCCCCAAUGUAAAGGAACAGGAAGCACUGAUCAAUGAGCUGCGCAAUGCCGGGUUUUUCGACGUGUUUGAACUGGGAGCAGCCAGUACGCCGGAGGGAGCUAGCAGUGAGGAUUUGCAGUUUCAGUGGGGAUGUUUUCUGUGUAACCACCCGGAGAAAGCGAUGGGCUUUUUGCACGGUAAUACACAACCAGUGAUCGAGGGGCAGCUCAAGGAAAAGAAAGGCAAAUGGCGUUUGUUUCGCAGAUGGCGUACCCGGUAUUUUACUUUAUCGGGAGCGCACCUUUCAUGCAAAGGAUCGACUGGAGGCGAAAGUAUCGACGUUAACCAGAUCCGCUCAGUAAAGGUGUCCCGCGGGGCACGGAAUAUCCCGAAGGCGUUCGAGAUAUUCACCGGUGAUCAAACGCUCAUUCUCAAACCCAAGGAUGGAAACAAGGCUGAGGAAUGGGUUCAAUGCUUAAGCAUAGUGCUGGCACACUCACAGGCCCGCGAUAGUCCAACGACUCGUACCAAUAGUCUACCCGCACGCAGCCUCGGCAACAGCCGAAACGUUUUCUGAGACACAUAUCACAUCCACUCUACUCUUAACUACUACACAAAAUACAUACAAACACAUAAGCUACGAAAAAUCGAUCGCAAUCAAUCAGAAAAGACUUGAAACGAUAUCAGAAGUAAUAUGAGAAAAAUAUCAUGUACUUAAUGCCAACAUUUCCUUCCAAUAAGUUUACUUUUAGAACGUUAAGCAUAUCGAAAGAUUGAAAGCAACCGAGUUGUUACUUUAUUUAUCGACAAUCGUAAUAAGAAAAAUGGUAGUUUUAACUAGCCACGUAAGGACAGACGAAAAUCAAAAUCAAACCAAGCGCAAUAAGAUGUGUCAAUUUAAAAUUGAUUUCAAGCGAAUCAGGAACAACAUUGCAAGAACUAAUUCAAUUUAAAAUUUUCCUUUUUACAACUAUUGUUGUUUUUGAAUCCAUCCAAACCAGAUGCCAACUACAUAUUUCUAUACAGACGCGAACACGUGUACUUACUAUUCGAUGCAGACAGAUAUUCGUGCAAGGCCCUUUCUGCCGUCUCUAUUAACUAGUUUGUAAGAAAAACGAUUUAAGUCGCAUUGCAAGAUAGAAUGGAUAUGAACUUUUUAUCAUUGUUUGUUAAGUUUUCGACCUUAUACUCCGUCUAUAGAAUAGUUUUUUUUAAACGCUAUCCACGAGAAGAAUGAAAAUCUAGAAUGUUGAACACUGUUUGCUGGAUGAGCUGAUUACUAGAAGAGUCAGCUACAGUUUAGAUUCUUUACUACUUAGAUAUUAUUUAUUGAAAUUUAUUGAUAAAAAGAAUUAACUCUAAACAAAAA